AUGAUAAAGAAGGUCCAGAUCGUCCCAGCGCACUGCGCUGGUAACCAAGAUGAGAACACAACGUUGGCUGGUCCUGACAUCGCAGUGUGGCCCCGGCCUUUCUUCAGGCUUCUGAACCUGCGCAAGCUGGGUCUGAGCGACAAUGAAAUCCAGAGACUUCCCCCUGAGGUUGCCAACUUCAUGCAGCUGGUGGAACUGGACAUCUCCCGUAACGACAUUCCAGAAAUUCCCGAGAGCAUCAAAUUCUGCAAAUCCUUGGAAAUCGCGGACUUCAGUGGGAAUCCUCUCUCCAGGCUUCCGGAGGGCUUCACACAACUUCGGAGCCUGGGCCAUUUGGCCUUGAAUGAUGUGUCCCUGCAGAGCCUCCCCAAUGACAUUGGGAAUUUGGCAAACCUGGUGACUUUGGAGCUACGUGAGAACCUGCUAAAGACUCUCCCCACUUCGCUCUCCUUCCUUGUCAAGUUAGAACAGUUGGAUCUUGGUGGAAAUGACCUGGAAGUACUGCCAGAUACUCUGGGAGCGCUACCAAACCUACGUGAGCUUUGGCUAGACCGGAACCAGCUCUCAGCCCUGCCUCCAGAGCUGGGCAAUCUCCGCCGCUUGGUCUGCCUCGACGUGUCAGAGAACAAGCUGGAGCAGUUGCCCAACGAAGUCAGUGGGCUAGUAGCACUGACGGAUUUGCUGCUGUCCCAGAACCUGUUGGAAUGCAUUCCGGAUGGGAUUGGUCAGCUGAAGCAGCUCUCCAUCCUCAAGGUGGACCAGAAUCGUCUGACAGAGGUGACAGAGUCAAUUGGGGACUGUGAAAAUCUGUCAGAACUCAUCUUGACAGAGAACAUGCUGACGGCCUUACCAAAGUCCCUUGGCAAGCUGGCCAAGCUGACGAACCUGAAUGUGGAUCGGAACCGGCUAACGUCCCUUCCAGCUGAGAUUGGAGGCUGUGCCAAUCUGAACGUGCUGUCCUUGCGAGACAAUCGCCUGGCCCUCCUGCCGCCAGAGCUCGCCAACACCACUGAGCUCCACGUCCUGGAUGUGGCUGGGAACAGACUGCAGAACCUGCCAUUUGCUUUGACAAACCUUAACCUGAAAGCCCUGUGGCUGGCAGAAAAUCAGUCCCAGCCCAUGCUGAAAUUCCAAACGGAGAAUGAUGAAAAGACAGGAGAAAAAGUUCUCACUUGUUACCUGCUUCCCCAGCAGCCCUCUCCUAGCCUAGAGAAUCUUUUGCAGAACAGUGUGGAUGAGAGCUGGACGGACACCAAUUUAAACAGAGUCAGUGUGAUUCAGUUCCUGGAUGAACCCAAAGUAGAUGAUGAAGAGGAGUCUGGAGCUGAGAGACGGGGCUUACAGCGCAGAGCGACCCCUCAUCCCAGUGAACUGAAGGUUAUGAAGAAGGUGAUUGAAGUUCGGCGCAAUGAGGUACAUGCUGCAAAGCCCGACACGGACCCGAAUUCUCCUAACUCAGAAGAGAAGAGGCUGAGCGCCAUGUCAAAUCGCAGCGAGGACUCCCACCUUUCCAACAGCACUGCCUCUGCUGACUUUAGGGGAGAGGAGCAGGGAGAGGAUGGAGAGAGGAACUGGCCCAAUGGGCAGCGCAAGGAAGCCGCUGACCAGGAAGAGGAAGAUGUGGAACCCACUGUACACUUUGCUGAGGACACGCUCAUACGGAGCGAGGAUGAGGAUGAAGAUGAAGAGCGGCCCUUCCCAGUGGAGAAACAGAGGCUUAUCCGCAAGGACACACCCCAUUAUAAGAAACACUUUAAGAUAACCAAACUGCCCAAGCCAGAGGCAGUGGUGGCACUCCUGCAGGGGUUGAACAGUGAUGGAGUCCCCAAAGAGGAAGAGGAGUUGGGAGGCUGCAAUAACAACACAGAGCACGAGGAUCAGGAGGAAACGUGGGAUGAGGAUGACAGAAAGAAUGGAGCUUUGUCUGCUCAGCCAUCAGUGAAGGGGGUGUCGUUUGAUCAAGCCAAUAAUCUGCUGAUUGAACCUGCUCGCAUUGAGGAGGAAGAGUUGACGCUGACUAUCGUGCGGCAGACGGGGGGGCUGGGCAUCAGCAUCGCAGGGGGCAAGGGCUCCACCCCCUAUAAGGGUGACGACGAGGGCAUCUUUAUUUCCCGUGUGUCAGAAGAGGGUCCUGCGGCUCGUGCAGGCGUGCGUGUUGGGGACAAGCUUCUGGAGGUGAACGGCGUGUCCCUGCACUGCGCGGAGCAUCACGUGGCGGUGGAAGCUCUGCGUGGAUCGGGAAGCUCCGUCUCCAUGACGGUUCUGCGGGAGCGGAUGGUAGAGCCGGAGAACGCCAUCACUGUCACACCGCUGCGCCCUGAGGAUGACUACAGCCCUCGUGAGAGGAGAGGUGGUCUACGCUUCCCCGAGCGACCCGAGGGGGCACCUCCCACCGAGAGAUACUCCACCUGCCUCAUGCGCAACGAGAAGGGCCUGGGCUUCAGCAUUGCUGGUGGCAAAGGCUCCACACCCUACCGGGCCGGUGACAUGGGGAUCUUUAUCUCACGGAUUGCAGAGGGUGGUGCAGCCCAUCGGGACGGGAUCCUGCACGUAGGAGAUCGGGUCAUCUCGAUCAAUGGGGUAGACAUGACAGAAGCCAGGCAUGAUCAGGCAGUAGCGCUGCUUACCGCAUCCUCCCCCACCAUCGUGCUGCUGGUAGAGAGAGAGGGUGCAGAGCAGCUCAGCGAGGGAGACUCACCAGGCGUGCCGCGAGUGCGCAUGCACUCCCCGCCGCCGCCUCCCAGCCAUGGGGAGAGCCCGCCGGAGGAGACGCCGUCGCUGCAGAGGAACCAUCUGUCUAAAGGCCUGGAGGAUCAAUAUCCCAUUGAGGAAAUUCAGCUUGUAAAAGCAGGUGGUCCUCUGGGACUCAGCAUCGUAGGAGGCAGUGACCAUUCAAGCCAUCCAUUUGGGAUUCAUGAACCAGGUGUCUUCAUUUCAAAGGUCAUUCCCCGUGGACUGGCUUCUCGCAGUGGGCUCCGUGUGGGGGACAGGAUCUUGGAGGUAAAUAGUAUUGACCUGCGCCACGCUACCCACCAGGAAGCCGUGAACGCCCUGCUCUCCAACACGCAGGAGCUGACUAUGUUAGUGAGGCGAGACCCGCCACCGCCCGGCAUGCAGGAAAUAUGCAUUGAAAAGGCUCCGGGAGAAAAGCUGGGCAUCAGCAUCCGGGGUGGAGCAAAAGGGCAUGCUGGAAAUCCAUUUGAUCCCACUGAUGAAGGCAUCUUCAUUUCGAAGGUGAGCUCCUCCGGGGCUGCGGCCCGGGAUGGCCGUCUGAAGGUGGGAAUGCGGAUCCUGGAGGUGAAUCAUCAGAGUUUGCUGGGAAUGACGCAUACGGAAGCGGUACAGAUACUCCGAAGUGUGGGUGACGCGCUCCUUGUGCUGGUGUGCGAUGGCUUUGAUCCCAAGGCUGCAGCUGCCAUUGAGAUGUCCCCAGGAAUUAUCGCAAACCCUUUCGCAGCUGGUAUUGGGCGCAAGAACAGCCUGGAAAGUAUCUCUUCUAUUGAUCGGGAUUUAAGCCCUGAAGAACUGGAGAUCCUACAGAAGGAGAUGGAAAUGGUGAGAGAAGCAACUCAGUGGGAGAGAGAAGAAAUGGAGAAAGUGAACGUCACCAGUGAACCGCUGAGGCUGGACUAUCGGACCCUGGCUGCGUUGCCCAGCAGUGGCUUACAGAGAGGCAAUCGCGCUCUUGUUCAGUAUAAUAAGGCCAGCUCCAGAAUGGAGGGCGACUGCGCUCUGCUGUCUCUGCCAGUGGCACAGGACAGCCGGGACUCGUACCCCGACACAGCCGCCGGCCCGAUCGUCGGAAGCGUGGCUGGCCGUCCUCAGGACCCCGCGUCACCCGACGAGCGCGCCAGCGGGGCAGAAAAGCCCCGGCUGGACGAGCAGGAUCCCGCGGGUUGCCCCUUGUCCCGGGACCAGAUGCCAGAGACGCCAGAGCAAGAGUGCAUGAUCGACUCCCAGCCCAUCCUCUUCAGCGAGAACCCCUUUGUGGUGGCUAACCGCAGGGGCAAGGCCGCAGGCAAGGCUUGCCUGGGGGGGCCGCCCCUGGGCUACGGCAGGGGGGGAGUGCUGAAGACCAACCUUUACUCCAAGUAUAAACUUCAGGUCAUCCGGCCUCGGUCAGUAGAAAUACCAUUGUCCGAGGCUGACUUGGACCAAAUUAACGUGAUUCACUCGUGCAUGGCGCUUGUUGCAAGUCUCUGCCAUGUGACAGCUGCUGUUGGGCGCAAUGCUAACUCCGCUCUCUCGCGGCUCCUUCGGGCGAGUCUGGGACAGGAAAUUCCAGGCGCGAAACCCCCUAUUCUCCUGGUAAUCAGCAGAUGGAAUCUCCUAGUUCUCUUUGUGACGCUGCUGGCAACCCACAUCAGCCGGUUGGAAGAAAACUGGAAGAUCCUGCAGCAGGCUUCCAUUAACUUCAUUACAUCGCAGGAUGACAGUAAAUCAACCAAGCCAGGCGUCAUUCAGCCUCUUUCCCGAGUGCGACAAAAUGCUGCCUCGCAUAAUUCGGAGGACGGGGACAGCCCCAAUCCCUUCCAGCAACCCGAGCUGUCCUUCAAUAUCCACAACUCUCAAAAGCCACCUUCGCCACCCUCUCCCGACGAGGUCCCCAUCAAUGUCAAGCAAGCGUACAAGACCUUUGCAGCAGUGCCCUUGUCACACCCUCUGCUCGAGACACAGGAAAUACCUGGUCAGACCAGCACAGAGAAUCCCAAAACUGCCCCGGAGGUGAGUUCUGGUGGCUGGAGCUGGGAGUGGGAUGGGGGCUUGCAGAGGAUUCGGGCUUUCGGGGCCGUGGAUGUGGAGGCAGGAGCCCGGCGUGGGCAUGCAGGGGAGGGCUGGGAGGAGGUGCAGAGGACGUGGCUGGGGGGGCAGGUGGCCACACACAGCCCCGGUGGACUGCACAGCCCUGAGCAGAGAUCCUUCCGCGAGAGGCAGAAGUAUUUCGAAAUCGAGGUGAAGCAACAGCAGAUGGAUAAGCCUCCCAAGCGCGUCUCCUUGGUAGGAGAGGAUGACCUGAAGAAAAUGAAAGAGGAGGAAGCUCGAAAACUGCAGCAGAAACGUACCCUUCUGUUGGAGGAAGAGGCGGAAGAGGAUGAGGUGGUAAAACAGGCGCCUGAGAUGAGCACGCAGUCCAGUGUCAUCAUUGAAGGAGUUGAGUACAAGAUUGAGAGACUAAAUGGAAGGAGCAGCCAGUCUCCAGCAACUCGGCCCUCCGAGGUCAAUGAGAACAGCAGCUCCCAAAGGAAUUCACUGGAAGAGGGAAUCAAGCCUGACCAGAGAACCAACUCCAUGUCUGGGUUGAGUCCGUUAUAUCUUGGAGCAGGGGAUCCAGUGGCACCUGUGCGGACAGCCAAAGCUGAACGGCGACACCAGGAGCGAUUGCGAAUGCAGAGUCCUGAGCUGCUGAGUGGCCAAGAGAAGGAACUUUCUCCAGCAGAACGUCGUGCUCUGGAGGCGGAGAAGCGAGCAAUGUGGAGGGCAGCACGGAUGAAAUCGCUCGAACAGGAUGCUCUUAAAGCCCAGAUGGUUAUUGCCAAGUCCAAGGAGGGGAAAAAACGCAGCACGCUGGAGCAGCUGGCAGAGUCACCUUCACCUGUUCCGACCCCAUCGCCAACACCGCUGGAAGAUUGCAGUCCCAGAAACGUCACUUCACCGGGAAGGCUGUCACCUGAUGCAGCUGAUGACCUCAGAUACGUAGAUGACAGAAAUAACUCAGAGGAGAUGUUAGUAACACGUGAGUCAUCAACACCUACGUCGUCGGCGCUUGAAGAAAUGGCCCUGUACAGCAGCAAACGCAAACUUCGACACAGCCGGCGCAGUUUGGAGACUGCUGUCCCUACGUAG